AUGAGAAAUGGAACAUGGAGCGUGGGUGAAUCUUCCAGCUCAACUUCCUUGAGCAGUCAGCAAGAUAUUGAUGAUGAUCGAAUGAUUGCUCUUGUAUUGACGGAGGAGUAUGCUAACCUGGAUAGAGGAGUCGCUAAACGCCUUUCAAACCUUGCACCUGUUCCUCAUGUUCCGCGGAUAAAUUCCUACAUUCCCAACCUAAGUGACGCCAGUUUGGAUCAUCAAAGGCUUAUUCAAAGGCUAAAUGUUUAUGGUUUAUGUGAAGUGAAGGUUUCUGGGGAUGGAAAUUGUCAGUUUCGUGCACUUUCAGAGCAGAUGUUCAAGUCACCUGAGUAUCACAAGCAUGUUCGAAAGGAGAUUGUGAAACAGUUGAAAGAUCACCGCUCAUUAUACGAAGGCCAUGUCCCAAUGAAGUAUAAACGUUAUUACAAGAAAAUGGCAAAAUCUGGUGAAUGGGGGGACCAUGUUACCUUACAAGCAGCUGCUGAUAAGUUUGCUGCGAAGAUAUGCCUUUUGACAUCUUUUAGAGAUACCUGCUUUAUUGAAAUUAUGCCACAAUACCAGCCACCUAAACGAGAGAAUCAAUUCUCUCUGAAGUUGAAGUUUUCGAGUGUUGAGUUUGUGUUCAAAGUUGUGGUUGAGUUUCUGGUCCGAGCGUUGGAUCGCUUGAAUCCAGCUUCUAUUUGCAGAGACGAUCAGCAUUGUUUGAUUCCGUAUUUUGCUGGUAUCCAUCUCCUGGAAGAGGCAGAAAAAUCAGUUGCUGGGGAUGCCCCGGGCUUCAGGCUUUAG